UCUGGGAAGUUUAUUAGAAGUUUUCUGAAGCGUCAUUACCAUCUUCAUAGUCUCCAAAUCUCAUAUCAUCAACAUUGAAAGAGAGAAACCCAAAAUCACAUCUUUUCUGACCCCAUGGGAACCCCAGAGACCUCGCGUGAGCCUUGCCCGGAUCGAAUCCUAGAUGAUAUCGGCGGUGCCUUUGGCAUGGGCGCUGUUGGUGGCUCAGCUUUUCACUUCAUAAAAGGUGUCUAUAACUCCCCCAAGGGCGAGCGAUUGAUCGGUGGCUCCCAGGCGGUGCGCAUGAAUGCUCCACGUGUAGGGGGCAGCUUUGCCGUCUGGGGUGGUCUUUUUUCCGCCUUCGACUGCACCAUGGUCUACAUGCGCCAGAAGGAAGAUCCCUGGAACUCCAUCAUCGCCGGAGCCGCCACUGGUGGCUUCCUCCAGAUGCGUCAGGGGUUAGGUGCGGCGUCGAGGUCCGCUGUGUUUGGUGGGGUAUUGCUUGCUUUGAUUGAAGGAGCUGGGAUCAUGCUCAACAGGGUUCUUAGUGCUCCUCAAAAUUUCCCCCCUAUGGAGGAACCCAUUCCCAAUAUGGCCGGUGCCCCUGGAUUUCCAAUGGGUCAGUUUCCCAAUACGGCUCCAGCGUCUCAUGAGACUCAGACAGAGGAUUCAUCUUCUUCUUCUUGGUUUGGAGGGUUAUUUGGUGGCGGCAAGAAGCAGGAGUCGGGGACGACCGGUGGUGGAGGCAAGACAGAGAUUUUGGAGAGCUUUGAUACGCCGAGCACGCCGAUCCCUUCGUUUGAGUACAAGUGAGCUGAUUGUCCGUGAUUAAUGUAGUGUUGGUCUGCUUUUAAAGGUGAAUUGGUUUAAGCCCGAUAAAGAGUCCAUUGAUUGCGAUUUUGCAGGUGGGACUGAUCAUUGAUGAGGCGUGGAAAUUUGGUUAUGGGCUUGUUUGAAUGGUGGGAACUACAGAAGAUAAAGGAUAACAAUAAGCAUGGAAGAAAGUUUA